UCCCCACCAAUAAGGAUAAAACCGCGCGAAACUUUGCAAAUUAACCUAAAAAAUCGCAUAAACACCAAGUGCAAAUAUAAUCUGUUGUAAUUUGUUCCUAUUUUGUUGUAUAUUAAAAUGUCCCUGAAGCGAGGAGCUUUGGUCGUGCUGGAAGGUGUCGACAGAUCAGGAAAGUCCACGCAAUGUCGAAAACUGGUGGAAUCUUUGAACAGCAACCAAAUCAAAUCCGAGCUGAUGGUUUUUCCUGAUAGGACAACUCUCAUAGGUAAAAUGAUUAAUACGUACCUAUCCAACAAGGAAUGUGAUUUGCACGAUAAGGCCAUCCAUUUGCUGUUCUCUGCAAAUCGAUGGGAGAAUGCUGAGAAGAUGAAGGAACUCUUGCAGAGUGGUGUAACUCUGAUUGUAGAUAGAUAUUCAUAUUCUGGCAUAGCAUAUUCGUCCAGCAAACCAGGUAUGGAUAUUGAGUGGUGCAAGACUCAAGAGCUAGGAUUGCCUAAACCAGAUUUGGUGUUGCUGCUGACUCUUGGUAAAGAGCAAAUGAACAAGAGACCUGGCUUCGGUGAUGAGAGGUAUGAGAAUGAUGAUAUGCAGUCCAAGGUGUUGAACAUUUUCCAUCAGUUGGCUGAUAAUACGUGGGAGGUGGUCGAUGCAAGUCCUAGUAUCGAUGAGGUGCACAAAACCCUGCUGGAUAAGAUAAUUAAAGUCAGGGAGGACGUUGCCGAAACGAACUUGGGCACUCUAAAAUUCAAAUGUUGUAAAUAACAAUAAUAUCACGUGUACCACAAGUUGUAUCAUUCCACUUUUAGUUUGUAUUUCAAUUAUUUAUUUGUAUUUUAAAUUUAUCUGCAUCAAUUUACGUAAUAAACAGAAACUAUUUUUUA